CCGAGCAAACACAGGACACAGGAUCCUCACCCAGGGGAAGCCGUCCCCAGCCUCUCACCCUUAAGGAGGAGGGCAACCAUGGCAUCUGCCAGGACCCCUGGCCCAGGCCACCCUAGCCAGCCACACCCUGCCACUUCUCUCCAGACAGCAAGGUUUCCUUUCCAGCGCAGCAGGGGUGGGGUCAGGGUGGAGCCUGAGGAUGAGGGAGGGACACCGCGUUUCAAUCAAGAACCCUUUAGUCCCAGUUCCCCAUCUACUGCCUUCCCUCCACCAGGCCCAGCCAUGCAGAGAGCCUGGGUGCUGCUGCUGCUGCUGGGCCUCAGGCUACAGCUGUCCUUUGGUGUCAUCCCAGGUAAGAAUGCGCCCUACCUGCUUGUCCCCACUCACAAACACAGCCUUGUGGCUGACACCUACCUCUGCUCUCCCCCUUGGCCAGUGGAAGAGAAGAACCCAGCCUUCUGGAACCAAAAGGCAGCCGAGGCCCUGGAGGUUGCCAAGAAGCUGCAGCCCAUUCAGACAUCAGCCAAGAACCUCAUCAUCUUCCUGGGGGACGGGAUGGGGGUGACCACAGUGACAGCCACCAGGAUCCUAAAGGGACAGAUGGGAGGCCAUCUAGGACCUGAGACACCCCUAGCCAUGGACCGCUUCCCAUACAUGGCUCUGUCCAAGACAUACAACGUGGACAGACAGGUCCCAGACAGUGCAGGCACAGCCACCGCCUAUCUCUGUGGGGUCAAGGCCAACUACAAGACCAUUGGCUUGAGCGCAGCUGCCCGAUUCGACCAGUGCAACACCACAUUUGGCAACGAGGUCAUCUCAGUGAUGCAUCGUGCAAAGAAAGCAGGAAAGUCUGUGGGAGUGGUGACCACCACGUCGGUACAGCACGCCUCUCCAGCUGGCACCUACGCACACACGGUGAACCGUGAUUGGUACUCGGAUGCAGAAAUGUCUGCCUCAGCGCUGCAGGAGGGCUGCAAGGACAUCUCUCUACAGCUCAUCUCCAACGUGGACAUUGAUGUGGUCCUCGGUGGUGGCCGCAAGUUCAUGUUUCCCAAGGGGACACCAGACCCUGAAUAUCCAGACAACAGAGCUCAGUCCGGACGCAGGCUGGAUGGACAGGAUCUGGUACAGAAGUGGCUGAUGAAGCACCAGGGGUCCCGGUAUGUUUGGAACCACACGGAGCUCAUUCAGGCGUCCCUGGACCCCGCAGUGACUCACCUCAUGGGCCUCUUUGAGCCUGAACACAUGAAAUAUGACUUCUACCGAGACCCUACCCAGGACCCCUCCCUGGAGGAGAUGACAGAGGUGGCCGUGCGCAUGCUGAGCAGGAACCCCCGAGGCUUCUACCUGUUUGUGGAAGGGGGCCGCAUUGACCAUGGCCACCACGAUUCCGUAGCCUACCGUGCACUGACUGAGGCCGUCAUGUUCGACUCGGCCAUUGAUAAGGCGGACCAGCUCACCAGUGAGCAGGACACGCUGACCAUCGUCACUGCUGACCACUCCCACGUCUUCUCCUUUGGUGGCUACGUACCUCGAGGGACCUCCAUCUUCGGCCUGGGGGCCGCCUUCAACGCUCUGGACGGCAGAUCCUUUACCUCCAUCCUAUAUGGCAACGGGCCCGGCUAUCAACUCCAGAAAGGUGUCCGGCCAGAUGUCACUGACAGGGAGAGCGGCGACCCCAAGUACCGGCAGCAGGCGGCUGUACCGCUGUCCUCGGAGACCCACGGCGGGGAGGACGUGACGAUAUUCGCGCGUGGCCCGCAGGCACACCUGGUGCACGGAGUGCAGGAGCAGAACUACAUCGCGCACGUCAUGGCCUUUGCAGGCUGCCUGGAGCCCUACACCGACUGCGGCCUGGCGCCCCCUGCCGGCCAGAGCAGUGCGGCGAGCCGGGGCCAGACCUCUGCCCUGAUGCUCCUGUUGGCAGGGACAAUGUUGAUGGUGGUGACAGCUGAGCCCUGACCACCUAAGCUCACUGGACUCCACCCUAGUAUCCCACAGCCGGCUCCAGUGUACCACGCUGUUGCUCCCCUCUGGGCUCCCUGGGGUUCCCUGAACCUUGGCUUCAGGUUUGGAAUCAGAUCUAACUCAGGUUGCCAAUCCUGCCAUUCUAUCAUGAACUCCAACAACAGAUCUCACUGAGUGUUACAAUCGCCUCAGAACCUGCAGCACUCCCCUCCCAGACCACCACAACCUAACAGGAUGCCCAGCAGACUGGGGGAAUGCCACUCACAGCCACCCCUGGGCCAGCUCUCUCUGGUGUUUGCUGCCGAUCUCAGCUCCCAGAAAAUGUGAUACCACACACUAAGUCACAGCUCAGCCUGAGCCUGAGAAGGACCACGUAGGCACUUGAUGUCCCCCCAGGGCAGAGACUGAACAAGAAUGUGUUGGCCUUUCUUGGCCUGGUGUCCACAGCACAGCCAGCAGAUCCUGGAGAGGCUGAUGUGGCCGAGAUCACCAGUUGCUCUCUGACGGUCCUCAGCUGCCACCACCACUGGGCCUCAAACUCAUGAUCCUCCUGCCUCAGCCUCCCAGCUGCUAUAAUUACACGCAUGUGCCUUUAUGCCUGGCUUGCACAUUAAUGUCCAAGAAAAGAAUGAUGCCUUCA